UAUUCUCCGGUGAAGUCACCGUUUCCUCCUCUCUUCUCCGCCAUUUCUGCAACAUUCUCUUCUUCAUCAGCUCCAAAACCAUAACCCUAAUUUCUCUCUUCUUUCUCGGUUGCCAAUGGCCCCGAUCGAUCCUCACUCCUUCACCGACUCCACUCAUCCUCUCACCACCCAUGUCGCUCUCUCCCUCUACCUCGACUUCGCCAUCUCCACCAUCCAUGGCUCCGCCGUUCUCUCCCUCUCCGCUGCAUUCUCCGGCGAUCUCUCCCUCGAUUCUCGGUCAAUCUCCAUACGUAAGAUCCUAGAUCCCAAAACCCUAACCCCUCUCCCCUUCACCGUUUCCUCCUCGCCGGACCCAAUUCGCGGCACACAAAUCGUCGUCUCCCUCUCCGGCCACUCUUCGCUUCUCAUCGUCUAUUCUACUUCGCCAUCGGCAUCCGCGCUCCAAUGGCUGUCUCCGGCGCAGACUUUCUCCAAGACUCAACCCUAUGUGUACACUCAGUGCCAAGCGAUUCAUGCCAGAUCCAUCUUCCCGUGCCAGGACACUCCUGCGGCGCGGAUCCGGUACGAUGUUGUCAUGAACAUACCGGGCUCCCUCUCUGCCGUCAUGUCAGCACGGCAUGUUCGUCGCCGGCAACCGGUACCCGACGAGGCGAGGCUUCUCGAUAUGGAGUCGCGGUGGUGCGGAGAGGACAGAGCCGUGGAGGAGUUCACGAUGGAGCAACCCAUACCGCCGUAUUUGUUCGCGUUCGCGGUGGGUGAGUUGGGUUUCCGGGAAGUUGGACCCAGGACUCGGGUGUACGCGGAGGCGGCCGCCGGAGAGCUUCUAGAUGCGGCGGCGCGUGAAUUCGCAGGCACGGAGGAGAUGAUCGGGCAAGGAGAGAAGCUGUUUGGGGAUUACGAGUGGGAGAGGUUCGAUCUAUUGGUAUUGCCACCGAGUUUCCCGUACGGAGGAAUGGAGAAUCCGAGGAUGGUUUUCUUGACGCCCACUGUGAUCAAGGGAGAUGCUACGGGGGCUCAAGUGGUGGCGCACGAGCUCGCUCAUAGCUGGACUGGGAAUUUGAUUACCAACACUAACAAUGAACAUUUCUGGUUGAAUGAGGGAUUUACAACUUAUGCAGAGAGGAGAAUUGUGGAGGUUGUGCAAGGUGAAGAUAGAGCAACAUUGAACAUCGGCAUUGGUUGGAGGGGCUUAGUAGAGGAAAUGGAUAGGUUUAAAGACAACAUGGAGUUUACGAAACUGAAGAACAAUCAAGAAGGUGUGGAUCCAGAUGAUGUAUAUUCCCAGGUGCCUUAUGAAAAAGGUUUCCAAUUCCUGUUGCGGAUUGAACGUCAGAUAGGAAGGGCUGCUUUUGAUGAAUUCCUCAAGAAAUACAUCGAUACUUUCAAGUUCAAGUCGAUUGAUACAGGCACGUUUCUCGAGUUCUUGAAAGCAAAUGUCCCUGGCAUAGAGAAAGAGAUCAAUUUAGAGAUGUGGACUGAAGGGACUGGUAUACCUGAAGAUGCAUACGAACCUGUGUCAAACAUAUACACAAAGAUCGUGUCACUCGCGAAAGAGUUUAAGCAAGGAAAGAUGCCUGAGGAGGACGAGGUUGCUGACUGGAAUGGACAGGAAUGGGAGUUGUACUUGGAAAAUCUUCCCAAAUCAUGCGAACCUUCCCAGAUCUUGGCUUUGGACAAGCGCUACAUGCUAGCAGAAUCCAAGGACUAUGAAGUGAAGGUAUCAUUUCUGCAACUAGCAAUCUCAUCCAAGUGCAGAGAGUACUACGGCCAAGUGGAGAAAACCCUAAAAGAUGUGGGAAGGAUGAAAUACCUCCGCCCACUCUACACGGCCCUCGUCCAGCCCACAGGAGGAAACCACGAAGAGAAGCUUCUCGCCAAAAGGGUAUUUGCAGAAUCUCGCGAAACUUACCACCCAAUCGCUCAAGGCGUAGUCGAGUCUAUCCUUUCUAAGCACCUUUGAACAAAACAUAAGUUAAAAAAAAAGGCUCAAACUUUAUGAGCAUUGUCUUUGGUCAAUGUAAUAAUGGAAAUUCCAUCUUCCUCAGUUAACAAUUCAACUAUUUUCA